UACUGUGUGAUGUCUCAGGUCCUGGCUUGGUGUUUGUUGUGUACCCUGAAGUCCUCUCCACGAUGCCCGUCCAUCAGCUGUGGGCUCCUCUCUUCUUCUUCAUGCUGCUGUGUCUGGGCCUGGACAGCCAGUUCGCCACAGCUGAGGUAGCCAUCACGUUCAUAAAAGAUGAGUUUGGCCCCCAAGUUCUGCGUUUCAUAAAGAGAGAAGAGCUGCUGACCCUGGCUGUGUGCAUCGUUGGCUUCGCCCUGGGGAUUCCUCAUGUGACCCAGGGAGGUAUCUACGUGUUUCAGCUGAUGGACCACUACACGGCCGUGGUCUCCCUCAUGUUCUUGGCUUUCUUCGAAGUUGUCGCUGUCUGCUGGAUCUUUGGUGUCCCACGUAUCUGCUUGAUGAUCACGAGGAUGCUGGGAAAAACUGCAAACAUCUACUUUCGUGUCUGCUGGGUGCUGCUCUGCCCGGUAUUGGUGCUGUGUAUACUGAUCGCCAGCAUUGUCCAGUACACUCCUGCUCACUAUGAGACGUACAUCUACCCGAAGUGGGCUGAAGGGGUGGGCUGGGGGGUCUCUCUGGUCUCCAUUGUGUGGAUUCCAAUUGGAGCCAUUCAUGAGAUCUGCAGCACCAAAGGCUCAUUUCUUCAGAGAGUUAAAACAGCUAUGAUUCCCACACUAGACCUGGAUGCUGACUAUGCCCUGCCGGAAAAACAGAUCAUAGACAACCCGCCGGCUGAAAACUUGAUGACUUCAGUGGCAUGACAAGGAAUACAACCGUAUCUGUGCGUAUAUACAAAACAAGCUCUGUGUUAGGGCUUCUGGUGAUGGCAUAUUUACACUGUCAUACACAAUCUUUUUGUAUAUCGUAACAUUACAAUGUAAUCAUAUUUGUUUUACCAAAAGACUGAUACUUUACUGUACCUUUUGCACAUUUGUAGCUGCCGUUGACUUAAAAAGCACAAAGAGCCUCCUUUUACAGAUGGGAGAACGAAAACCGAUUUUUAAAGAGAUUGGAUAUGUUGUACACCAAGUAAAGAAUACUUUAUUUAAUUUAGGUAUGAGUGAUUGUUUGCCCUGUAAAGAUUAUACAGGGGUCCAUUCCAACCAAAUAUAGCCAUUUAAAUUAUUAUUUCAUCCCCCUCCCUAAAAGUGUAUGUUUGUGUUGUGGUGAUGUUUUAUCUAGCAAUGUGUAAAUAAGAGUCGUAUCAAUGAUAGAGGCAUUUAGAGGCAUUUCAACUUUUUAAAGAGUCCUGUUUGAAGCCGGGAAAAAAAGUCUUAUUUGGCCUACAUGUUAUGUUUGUGGCCUUUAAAUCCAUAACACAUCGUGCUGUUAUGUUGUUAAAUGUAGGGUUCAGGCAAUCUUCAUCUGCUUAAAAAGUUGAGAAAGUUGAGCAUUGGCUAGGUUUUUUGGUUUUGGUGGUCAGCACCUGAAGCAGUCUAUACAAAAACAAUUUUCAUUUCAAACCUUUAUUUAACCAGAUUGGUCCCAUUGAGAUCAUAGAUCUAUUUUUCAAGGGAGACCUGCAGCAAAUAGGUUCCAGAUGAAACAUAAAACAACAUACAACAUAUUUACAGGCUACAUUUACAUACUUAUCAAUAUUUACAAGUACCCAUAGUUUCAAAGAGCAUUUCACUUUGACUAGCUUUAAAAACAUGCAGAGGAAUGAAAUUGCUCAGUUUCAAUUCUAGCUGUAG